CUUCUCUCCACAGAAUGACACGAUGCUGCCGUGGCCCCAGCAUCAGCGCUCCAGUGGGUUGAGGCGGCAGAAGCGGGACUGGGUCAUUCCACCCAUCAACGUGCCAGAGAAUUCCCGCGGACCCUUCCCACAGCAGCUUGUGAGGAUCCGGUCUGACAAAGACAACGACAUCCCCAUCCGGUACAGCAUCACAGGCGUGGGCGCCGACCAGCCCCCCAUGGAGGUCUUCAGCAUCGACUCCAUGUCCGGCCGGAUGUACGUGACUCGGCCCAUGGACCGGGAGGAGCGAGCCUCUUACCACCUACGUGCCCACGCCGUGGACAUGAACGGGAACAAGGUGGAGAACCCCAUCGACCUGUACAUCUAUGUCAUUGACAUGAACGACAACCGCCCCGAAUUCAUCAACCAGGUCUACAACGGCUCUGUGGACGAGGGCUCCAAGCCAGGCACCUAUGUGAUGACCGUCACGGCCAAUGACGCUGACGACAGCACCACAGCCAAUGGGAUGGUGCGGUACCGGAUCGUGACCCAGACCCCACAGAGCCCGUCCCAGAACAUGUUCACCAUCAACAGUGAGACGGGUGACAUCGUGACAGUGGCAGCUGGCUUGGAUCGAGAGAAAGUUCAGCAGUACACAGUCAUCGUUCAGGCCACAGACAUGGAGGGAAACCUCAACUACGGCCUCUCAAACACAGCCACAGCCAUCAUCAUGGUGACAGACGUGAAUGACAACCCGCCAGAAUUCACGACAAGCACAUUUGCAGGGGAGGUCCCUGAAAACCGGGUAGAGACAGUAGUCGCAAACCUGACCGUGAUGGACCGAGAUCAGCCCCACUCACCAAACUGGAAUGCCAUCUACCGCAUCAUCAGUGGGGACCCCUCUGGGCACUUCAGUGUCCGCACAGAUCCGGUCACCAAUGAGGGCAUGGUCACCGUGGUGAAGGCCGUCGACUAUGAGCUGAACAGAGCCUUCAUGCUGACCGUGAUGGUGUCCAACCAGGCACCCCUGGCCAGUGGCAUCCAGAUGUCCUUCCAGUCCACAGCAGGUGUGACCAUCUCCGUCAUGGACGUCAACGAGGCCCCCUACUUCCCCUCCAACCACAAGCUGAUCCGCCUGGAGGAAGGCGUGCCCAUGGGCACCGUGCUAACCACCUUUUCAGCCGUGGACCCCGACCGGUUCAUGCAGCAAGCCGUGAGGUACUCAAAACUGUCAGACCCUGCCAACUGGCUGCACAUUAACGCCACCAACGGUCAGAUCACCACGGCAGCUGUCCUUGACCGCGAGUCCCUCUACAUCAAAAACAAUGUCUACGAGGCCACCUUCCUGGCAGCUGACAAUGGGAUCCCUCCAGCCAGUGGCACCGGGACCCUGCAGAUCUAUCUCAUUGACAUCAACGACAACGCCCCUGAGCUGCUGCCUAAGGAGGCGCAGAUCUGCGAGAAACCCAACCUGAAUGCCAUCAACAUCACAGCGGCCGACGCAGACGUCGACCCCAACAUCGGCCCCUAUGUCUUUGAGCUGCCCUUCGUCCCAGCCACGGUGCGGAAGAACUGGACCAUCACCCGUUUAAAUGGUGACUAUGCCCAGCUCAGCUUGCGCAUCCUGUACCUGGAGGCUGGGAUGUAUGACGUCCCCAUCACUGUCACAGACUCUGGGAACCCUCCCCUGUCCAACACGUCCGUCAUCAAGGUCAAGGUGUGCCCGUGUGAUGACAACGGCGACUGCACCACCAUCGGUGCGGUGGCAGCAGCUGGCCUGGGCACCGGCGCCAUUGUGGCCAUCCUCAUCUGCAUCGUCAUUCUUCUGUCCAUGGUCCUGCUGUUCGUCGUGUGGAUGAAGCGGCGGGAAAAGGAGCGCCACACGAAGCAGCUGCUCAUUGACCCCGAGGACGACGUGCGUGACAACAUCCUCAAGUAUGACGAGGAAGGCGGCGGCGAGGAGGACCAGGACUAUGACCUCAGCCAGCUGCAGCAGCCAGAAGCCAUGGAGCAUGUGCUGAGCAAGGCCCCUGGUGUGCGGCGGGUGGACGAGCGGCCGGUGGGUGCUGAGCCCCAGUACCCGGUCAGGCCCGUGGUGCCUCACCCGGGCGACAUCGGUGACUUCAUCAACGAGGGACUUCGAGCAGCUGACAAUGACCCCACAGCACCCCCCUAUGACUCCCUGCUGGUCUUUGACUAUGAAGGGAGUGGCUCCACCGCAGGCUCUGUCAGUUCCCUGAACUCGUCCAGCUCUGGGGACCAAGACUAUGAUUACCUAAACGACUGGGGGCCCAGGUUCAAGAAGCUGGCGGACAUGUACGGAGGCGGCGAAGAGGAUUAACUGACCUCACACAUCCGGACCGAAAUGAGAACAGCGCUCGGACGCCAGAGGAGCAGACUGAACAGAGGCAGCUGGACUCCCGACUCUCCCUGCGGACUGUCAUUUAGUGGUGUCUUAGGAGGCCCCUCCCCCCCGCCCUCCCCAGCGUCAAGCUGUCCAGCAUGAAACUCUUCCCCACCAGCGCGCCCUGCACCCAACCGCUGCCCAUCACAGUAGCCAACUUGUCACUACAGGAGAGCGAGAGGCACUCUGUCUUAACUUGAAUUUCUUAGAACAGAAGCACUGUUUUUAAACAAAAAAAAAAAAAUGAAAGUGCCUUUUGGUACAUGUAUCAGAUUCCCUCAAACUCAGGAGUGACUACAAGCAGACAGACAGACCAGGUCCCCCCGAAUCCCCGUCCCCAGUGGCCCCAGGCCCCAGUCAGCCCCGGUUCUUAAGGCAUCAAUUAAGGAAUUGGGGAGAAUGUGUCUUUUAUUUUUGGUCACUUAUUAAGAAAAACAAAAUGGGUGACUCGUUUGGAAAAACAGUUUGGAGUUCUAAUCCCGACAGCCUUUUCUGUCCACAGUUGGGGUCUCCUGAACCCCCUUGGGGGUCCCCGAGGCCAUGGGAGGAGGGCUUAGCCUUCAACCCCAGCAGCAGAAAGGCCCCCUGGGGCUGGCCACGCCCUUGAUGACCAAAGGUGACUGCGUGUGGAUCUGGCUUUCACCUGAAUUUGAGCCCCCGCCCCCGACUCCCAGAGGCUAUAAAUAGCUGGCCCCGGUGGGGUUCCCAGGACCAUCCCGGAUGCUCCCCAUCCCUGCUCUUGGCCACCCCCAAAACCCCACAGUCAACCAUAAGGCCUCCCUCAGGGCCAACUCUCACCCCAUAUGCCACCCAGGGCCCCUUUGCCUUUGGUCCAGGAGAAUAUGUUGUCCCAAGAAGCCAUGGCUCAAACCAGCCACACCUGUAAAACCCUGGCACGAGGUCAGAACUCCAUGGGACCCCGCCAAAGGUCCAGCAAUCACGCAUCAGUCCAAAUCCCUGAAUGCUCUCGACCCUUCCAGCCACCCCCCGGAGGCUGUGCAGAUGGCAGCCAGAGCUGACCCUCACACACGGCUCGAGACAGCAACCAGCCCUCAGUUACACCACAGGCUUUGCAACCGCCACCAAGUGUGGCAGACUCUGGCGGCCUCUUCCUCUCCCCUGGCGCAUUUGGACCUGCAAUCCUAUCUGAUGCCUGUGAACUGAUGUGGACGGCAAGGACCUGCUCCAAAUGGCCAGGAGGGACCCUGUCUUGCUAUGCCCCGCCUCUCACAGAUCCCUCUGGGCUACACAUGCCAGAAACUUAAAUCUCCUUUCCUUUGGACCCAUGUCGGUCGCGCACAGCUGCCGAAUAGCUUUGCUGUGUCCCUCUCAGAGAUGGAGUUGCUUUUUCCACAGGUGGUUUAACUCUCAAGCCAGGGUGGGGGGUCAAUUCCGCAGGACAGCAAAAGGGGCUAUGUCCAAGGACUCACUAGGAUAGCUCACGGCUGCCUCUGUUCACUGGAUGAGAAAACAUGCCUGUGCAUUUCUCUCCCCAGGGACAGCUGUUUCUGGGCAUAAAGGCACCUCAGGCCAGGGCAGGAAGCAGGCACCACGUAGGGGAAUCCUCGCCCUUGGUCAGCUCUCUGGCUCACCUCGGGCCAUGACAUCAUGCUCCCCAAGGAGUGGGUGAGGGUCCUAGCAUUGCUGAAGGAUGAGGAAGCCCUCCCAGGCGCUCCAGAGAAAGUUUCAAGUGGGCUGGGGAGGCUGGAGGUGCCUGGGGGGCAGCGUGUUCUAUACCUGGGGGUCUCUGGUCCAUCGCUUUCCUCAGACUGGCCUUUCUCCAUGGCUAAGGCCAUCCCCUUUUCUAAACAGCAUUGGCCUCAAAGAUACACCUGAGUGUACACAUGUGUGCGCCAUACUCACAGGUGUGUCCCCACUGGACAUCAGGGUUCUUCCCAAACCAAACUCAUCACCAACAGUGUCCAUUC